UCCCCCGCCGGGCGACAAUGAAUAGACGUUAGCAUUCGUCCACAGUAGGCCAACUAUUAUUAUAAUUUAUAGAGAUAUAAGUGCUUCGAUAAACAACUCCUAAUAUUCUUAUUUUACCAGCAACGCGUACAAACACUAAACAUGUCUCAGGAGGGAUUUCAGUCCACAGCAGUGAAACUCUCCCCCGACACGAGGUUAAAUGCACAAGAAAUGCAGAAGACGAGCCCAGGGAAAACACCUAUACAAAUCCUGCAUGAAUAUGGCAUCAAAACCGGCAACCUUCCUGUGUACGUCAUGGACAAGGCUGAAGGAGAGGCUCACCAGCCCAGCUUUGUCUUCAGCGUCACAAUGGGGGACGUGAACUGCACAGGUCAAGGCCCCAGUAAAAAGGCAGCGAAACACCAGGCUGCUGAGGCCGCACUAAAUAUCCUGCAAAUUGACACUGGCGCAGCGAAUGUUCCUGUGAAGAUGGAGGCUAACGGUGUCGCAGCAGAAACAAACAGCCAUCCGAACUCAGUGGGGACGCUGCAGGAGCUGGCGCUGCAGAGAGGAUGGCGUCUUCCUGAAUACACAGUGCUGAUGGAGGCCGGUCCUCCUCACAAGAGAGAAUUCACAGUUACUUGUCGAUUGGAGUCUCUGUCUGAGAACGCGGUCGGAAAUUCGAAGAAAGCUGCAAAAAAAGCAGCUGCAGAGAAAAUGGUGGAAAAGCUUCAGAGUCUGUCAGGCUGUUCUGAAAUCACAUGGACGCCUAAACCGAGCGUCAGAUUUGAGAACUUGAGGAACUCAUCAGGUGAGAAAAUCUCUUUGCUGAGAAGAAACCCGCUGAGCAUCCCUAACACAGACUACAUCCAGAUGAUGCUGGAGCUGUCCAACGAGCAAGGCUUUGAAGUCACGUACUUUGAUAUCGCAGAUGAGCUGACUGUGAACGGGCAGUACCAGUGUCUGGCAGAGCUGUCCACUUCCCCCGUCACCGUGUGCCAUGGUACUGGCAUCUCCUGCAGCAACGCACACAAUGACGCAGCCCACAGCGCCCUCCAGUACAUCAAGAUCAUGGCAUCCACGAAGUAAAAUAAAAUCAUCACUACCAGCGACUGUUAGCGAUUUCACCUGCAGUAUCAAGUCCGUCAGCUAAAGCCAAGCAGCAGUGAGGCUCUAAGGCAGGGGUGUCAAACUCAUUUUAGUUCAGGGUCCACAUUCAACCCCAUGAGAUGUAAAGUGGAUCAAACCAGUAAAAUAAUAACAUAGAAAUAAUGUAAAUUCCAAAUUUUUUA